UCGUCAUAUCUAAGGUCCCUCCCAACCCAACCCAACCCAACCCAACCCCUCUUUUCCUUCCCUGAACCCUCCGAAGAACCAGAUAUCUAUAUCUAUAUCUAAAUAAGUUGGAGGGUUUGGAUACCGAUCAUCAAACAAUCAUUACCAACGAUGGUGAUCGUAUCUCUAAUUUGAGUCUCGGCUCUAAAAUGCGCUGGGGUCGCUCUCCACCCAUUCUCUCUCCACCCAAUAAUCCCUACCGUUGAUUUUGGUGGGGUUUGCUUCGUUGGGUCCCGAUUCGGUCUCUCAAGAUCACUCGAUGCCUCAUCAUCAAAUGGCGGUUAGGGUUUGGGGGGUUCUCUCGGUGGUGCUGGUGGUUUUCGGGAGGCUAACGAGGGCCGAACCCGUAAGGGUUCCGUCGUCUUCCGUUUGUCCCGUGAACUCGGUUGCGGACUCGGUAUUUGGAUUUCAAGAUUUGAUCUGUCCGUUAAAUGGGGAUGAAUCUAUUCAUUCUAAUAUUGCUGCUGUUCCUGUUACGGAGGGCGAUGAGGUCUCAUUGCAGAGGGCACUGCAUUUGGUCCACAAGAAUAAUCAUGAUUAUGUUGCUGUGCUCUUCUAUGCUUCUUGGUGUCCUUUCUCUGGAGCUUUUAGACCCACUUUCUCCAUCCUAUCAACCUUGUAUCCCUCCAUCCCUCAUUUUGCAAUUGAAGAAUCAGUCAUCAGGCCAAGUACUCUGUCAAAAUAUGGAGUUCAUGGGUUUCCUAGUCUUUUCCUUCUAAAUUCUACCAUGCGUGUAUGCUAUCAUGGCUCUCGGACCCUUGGUUCUCUUGUUUCUUUCUACGAUGAUGUUACUGGCAUUAAGACUGAGCCAUUGAAUGGAACAUACUUGGAAAGAAUCGGACAGUCAUCUGAUGAUGGAAAAAACAACCACCCCGAGCAGGAAAGUUGCCCAUUCUCAUGGGCUAGAUCUCCAGAGAAUUUGCUUCAGCAGGGGACAUAUUUGGCCUUGGCCACUGCAUUCGUGCUUUUGAGGUUGCUCUAUUUCCUUUUACCAACUCUGUCUGCAUGUACUCGAUUGGUUUGGAGACUGUACAUCCCGAAUAUGAAGUUAAAGAGCUUGUGGGAACAUCCUCCGGCCUAUCUGAAUCAAGCAAUCCAGUUAUUCAAUUCCCUAAAGGAGCCCCGCAAGAGAAGUAAUUUGCAAGAGGGAGCGAUGAAUGCUAAGGCAUGGGCUUCAAAGUCCUUAGCUUCGGUUUCAUUUGGGGAUGCAAACACCAGCAGGGUUGUGCCAGUAAGUUGAUCUCACUUCACUUUUUCCGGCAAAAUUAGGCUUUCAGAUUCUCCUUUGCUGCAGAAUCUUUUCUGUGUCCGUCUGCAACAAAUUCAUGAUUUGAUUUGGUUUUCCAUUUGGGGCUCAAUGUUUCAUGGUAAGGUGGAAAAUUUUACAUUGGUUGGUUGUUGUAGCAACCGCCAUUUCUAUGUAAUUUAGAAUAGAAUUUGUUAUCACCAUCCAAAAAAUAAGAAAUGGCUUUAAUUUUGUGAAUAGCUUGUAAGCUAUAUAGCCUUUACGGGCUGGUUUGGACCCCCUCUUGUCAUUCCAGAUAAGUUUGUCAUUUAUAUAUCUCAUCUUUGUAUGGUAUUAAUAUUUCUUGA